AUGCCGACAUCAGUUACAAGAUUUGUCCAAGCAGGGAAAAUCAAAGAAGAACUGAGUCGGAGUGCAAGUGGAGUGUCGAACGGCCAGGAGGUGAGUAACACCCAGUGGUGUAUUCUGAUUUUGUGCUGCCCUAGGCAUGACAAAACUCAGGCACCCCCCCUUUUAAAUUUCUCUUCUUGACAGACAAACGCCCUCACUGAUGCAUGCACUGACAUACACUUACAGAUACACAGUCAUUGGCACACACAUUGUUUAACCAACACAUACUUUCACUGCAACAUACACAUUUACAUACACACACACACACUCACUGACAAACACGUAUACACUCUCAGUGACAAACACAUAAACACUCUCAGUGACAGACAGACACACUCACUAACACAUACACACUCUAACAGACACACAGUAACACUCACUAACAGACACAAACUAACACUCACUAACAGACACACUAAAACUCAGACACACACACUUUCACUAACAGACACACUAACACUCACGGACACACACUAACACUCACUAACAGACACACUAACACUCACUAACAGAUACACUAAAACUCACAUACACACACACACGCUCUCAUUAACAGACACACUAACACUCACAAACAGAUACACUAAAACUCACAUACACACACACACGCUCUCAUUAACAGACACACUAACACUCACAAACAGAUACACUAAAACUCACAGACACACACACAUUCUCACUAACAGAUACACUAACAUUCACUAACAUACACACUCACAAUUAAUUAUCAAUCUACCAAGCCUCCUACCUUUGGGAGUGCUGGAGUGGAUUUUUUCCUGUGGUCCAGUGAGGCAGGCUGCAGCUUGGCAGGCGGGCGGUCUGGCAGACAGGUGAGCAGUGGAGGCAGGUUGAGAGGGAGCUUUGAUCCUCCUGCACAGCUCCCUUGCACACCUCUGCUGAGGCCGAAGUGACAUCAUAUUCCGGCUCCGGCAUCACUGAGGUGCGCGCGAGGGAGCUGAGCUAGGAAGAGCUAUGGGGAGAGUGCUCCCUCGCCACCCGCAACAUCAGUGCAUGCCAGCUUCGGCUGGCCACCUUAGGCCCCCCCGAGCAAGAGGGUGGCAAGGCAUUUGCCAGGGCGAUUGGGGAGUGGCUUUUUUUUCCCACCUCCUGAAAGUGCCGCCCAAGGAAAAUGCCUUGUCAGCCUCAAGGUAAAUACACUGCUGGUAACACCCAUAAAGCGGCACUGGAACUGAGGAAAAGUAAGUUAAUCAUUAUAUUUUACAUUGAAUGCACCGUGCAUCUUUAUGAUAAAAGGUGUAUUUAACGUAUAUGGAAGAUAUUAAGGUAUUUUUUUUCCAUUACAGGUUCACUUUAAAUACCAUAAAAAUCUAAAAGUAGAUUAUCUCGGUCUGCACUAGAAUAUUUCAUGUAGCUAAAACACCAGGAAGUACUCAAUAAAAAGUGCAUUUUCCAUUAACUGUGUUCUUGUGUAAUUUGCAGAAGGCGACACUGUUUUAUAGUGAGGAGAAAGUGAAGAACUCAGCAAAAAAAUGUAUAAACAAAAAGAUAAAAGAUGAUAGAGGAAAUUACUGGGUCAUCAAAAAGAUAAUGAAGUUGCAAAGAAUCAUGAGUUAUAUGAGGCAACACACAGGCUGCUGGUCUUCAACUAAGCGAGGGUGGGGGGAUGCUCCGAAAUUGGAACGUUUUAUAAUAUGUAUUGUGGCAAUUUAA